CCCCCCGCCCCCCCGCGGCUAUAAGGGCCGCCGCCGCCGCGCGGAUCCCGGGACGGGGCAGUGCCGCCCGCCGCUGCGGAGCCUCCGCCGGGGCCAGCGCCGUUUCCCCCGCCCCUCGGCGCGGGGGCGCGGAUCCGGCCUGCGCGGGGCCGGCGGAGAGGAGCCAGGGGAGGCGCAGGGAGCAGCGGCGGCGGCGCGCUGGCCAUGGCAGCAGCAGCCCGCGGGCGGAGAGGCAGCAGCCGCGGGCCGCCGCUGUGAUUGGCACCGCGAGGAGGAGGAGGAGGAAGGCGCGGGGCAGCCGCGGGGCCCGCCAUCCCUCCGCGGCGGCCGUGCGGCGGCGGCGGCGCCCGGGAGGAUGCCGGGGAAGACGGGCUCGGCGGGCGGCGGCGAGCUCCCGGGGGCCGGCGCGCAGCGGCAGAAGAAGAGGAGGAGGAAGGUGUCCUGCUUCUCCAGCAUCCAGCUCUUCCUGGUGUCCGAGUGCGCCCUGAUGCUGGCCCAGGGCACCGUGGGAGCCUACCUGGUGAGUGUUUUAACCACGUUAGAGCGGCGAUUCAACCUUCAGAGUGCUGACGUGGGAGUCAUCGCUAGCAGCUUCGAGAUUGGGAACCUGGCCCUCAUCCUCUUCGUGAGCUACUUUGGAGCCCGAGGACACAGGCCACGCUUGAUAGGAUGCGGCGGGAUAGUCAUGGCCUUGGGCGCCCUUCUUUCUGCGCUGCCUGAAUUUCUGACCCACCAGUACGAGUACGAAUCGGGGGAGAUACGCUGGGGGGCUGAAGGGAGGGAUGUGUGUGCUGCCAACGGGUCCACCAGCGACGAGGGACCAGACCCGGACCUUAUCUGCAGGAAUAGGACUGCUACCAACAUGAUGUACUUGCUGCUCAUUGGAGCACAGGUCCUCCUAGGCAUUGGUGCUACCCCUGUCCAGCCCCUGGGAGUUUCCUACAUCGAUGACCAUGUGAGGCGGAAAGAUUCCUCUCUGUAUAUAGGGAUCCUGUUUACGAUGCUGGUAUUUGGACCAGCCUGUGGAUUUAUCUUGGGCUCCUUCUGUACCAAAAUCUAUGUGGAUGCUGUCUUCAUUGACACAAGUAAGCUGGACAUCACCCCGGACGACCCUCGGUGGAUCGGCGCGUGGUGGGGAGGCUUCCUGCUCUGUGGUGCCUUACUCUUCUUCUCGUCCCUCCCGAUGUUUGGGUUCCCGCAGUCCUUGUCCCCACGGCCAGAGCACGCGGUGGAGAGCGAGCAGGCCAUGCUCCCGGAGCGGGACUACGAGAGGCCCAAGCCGAGCAACGGGGUCCUGCGGCACUCGCUGGACGCCGAGAACAGCACGUCCUGCUUCCAGCAGUUGCGAGUGAUCCCCAAAGUAACCAAGCACUUGCUCUCCAACCCCGUCUUCACCUGCAUCAUCCUGGCAGCAUGCAUGGAGAUCGCCGUGGUGGCUGGUUUCGCCGCCUUCCUGGGGAAAUACCUGGAGCAGCAGUUCAACCUCACCACUUCAUCUGCCAACCAGCUCCUGGGGAUGACAGCAAUCCCAUGCGCAUGUCUGGGCAUAUUCCUGGGUGGCCUCUUGGUGAAGAAGCUCAGCCUGUCCGCUCUGGGAGCUAUCAGGAUGGCCAUGCUGGUGAACCUGGUGUCCACAGCUUGCUACGUGUCUUUCCUGUUCCUGGGCUGUGACACCGGGCCUGUUGCGGGGGUUACUGUUCCCUAUGGAAACAACUCCACUCCGACCUCACCUCUAGACCCAUAUGCCCCCUGCAAUAACAACUGUGAAUGCCAAACCGAUUCCUUCACGCCCGUCUGUGGGGCAGACGGGAUCACCUACUUAUCUGCCUGUUUUGCUGGCUGCAGCAGCACGAAUCUCAGCGGCUGUUCGUGCCUCAGCUCGCUCCCAGCUGAAAACGCUACAGUCGUUCCUGGAAAAUGCCCCAGUCCCGGCUGCGAAGAGGCCUUCCUGACAUUCCUCUGUGUGAUGUGCGUUUGCAGCAUGAUCGGGGCCAUGGCGCAGACGCCGUCGGUUAUCAUACUCAUCAGAACCGUGAGCCCCGAACUCAAGUCUUAUGCUUUGGGGGUGCUUUUCCUGCUUCUUCGUUUGUUAGGUUUUAUCCCACCUCCGCUGAUCUUUGGGGCUGGAAUUGAUUCCACGUGUCUGUUCUGGAGCACGUUUUGUGGUGAGCAAGGAGCCUGUGCGCUGUAUGACAAUGUGGUCUAUAGAUACCUGUAUGUUAGUAUUGCUAUAGCCCUGAAGUCUUUUGCAUUCAUCUUGUAUACAACCACCUGGCAGUGCUUGAGGAAAAACUAUAAGAGAUACAUCAAGAACCACGAAGGUGGUCUCAGCACUAGUGAGUUUUUUGCCUCUACUCUCACCCUAGACAAUCUGGGGCGGGACUCGGUGCCCCAAAAUCAGUCGCACAGGACAAAAUUUAUCUAUAACCUUGAAGAUCACGAGUGGUGUGAAAAUAUGGAGUCUGUUUUAUAGUGACUAUGGAUGGAUGAACUACAUUAAAAAUGUAAGGGUCCUUUUUAAAGAAAACAAAAAGAGAGAGCAAGAAUGAAGAUAUCUAAUUGCAAAACAACAACGGCAACACAGGAAACUUGUCUUUUUCUCAAAAUCAGAUCCAGCCAGGAUUCAGAGCAACCACCUCUUUUAAUGGGAUCACUUUUGAAAUCCUGUGGGGGUGAUGGAGGAAACGCAACACUGCUAUGGCUGGGUACCAGCCCAUUUGAUGAUAGUAUAAUCUUCCAAGACAGAAACAGCUGGAGAGCAUCAGCAGCUGCAGAGGUUCAUCGGAGAGCUCAGCAAAUGGACAGGCUCGGGCAUGAGGCAUGAAGGAGGAAGAUGAUAAAGGCAAUGGCAGAAUGGAUGUUAGCAACGCUGCAUGCCCUGGGGAUACGUGCAGCCCCGUUACUUCUGCAAUAUGGGCUAACGGGUUAGCUGGUCUGGGCGCUGCUCGAACCCAGUGCGCGCUCUCAGUGAUGGCAAGGGUACUAGAGUCGUUCAACCAGUCACACUGUCACCAGCCAUGAGUCCGCGUUAAAUACCUUGAAAGCUGCUGGAAACCCUCCAGGCAGCGAGCAAUGCGGUCAGAGUUAUCAAAAUCCUUCCAGCCAAGGCGUAUUCGCAGAUCGCAGCUUCUUGGUUGUCUGUGAAUAGCUGUGCUCAGAUCUUUCAGACCCAGUAAAGUUCAAGACAUUUGCUCACACUUGCCAAAUGUGCUGUCAUUUUUAAAGGGGGAUGAAUUCCAAAUAUUUGUCUGUGUAGUCCUCUAGUAAGAUUUUUUUUAAUUAUUUUCAAGUUUAUGUUAACCCUUAAAUCGCUGACACUUUUCCAGAGGGGGGAUUUAUUUAUGCUAGUUUGGGGAAGAGUCCUGUUUAAUUCACCCAAACAUAAUGUGACUCAAGGGGUUUGUUUAAUCCUCUGCGUUUUUUAUCCAUACGCCUUCAUUCUAAUAUGCUACCAAGCCAAUGAGGACACAUACUAUGUUUUUAAAAAAGAGAGCGAAUGCACUGUGUCUCUAUAAAAAUAAUUGCCAGUUGGAGAAUUAUAGAUAAUAUGAUGAUUUACAUAAUAUAGUUUUUUCAUAUUGUAUGUGACUCAGUAAAUAUAUAUAUAUAUGGAGAGACUGUUUAUGUUCUCUUCAGUUUUUAAAGAUAGAUAUAUAUAUAUAAUUUGCAAUCUAGAAAUUAUGUGGUGGACGUUUUCUUUAAAGUAAGUGUGUGUGUGUGUGUGGGUGUGUGUUUGGGUGUGUGUACAAGAUGAAGGGAAUACUGACCUUAAACCUGCAACUCGCAACUGAUAUUUUUUCACCUGAGAAAUUCCACUAACUUCAAUGGAAGCCUUGUGAAGAAAGCAGAAUAAACUUUCUACCCAGAGGCUAUGUUUUGCCCUAAGAUUUGCAGAUAGCAUUUCCAGGGAAGACUGGGUUAUAGGAGCAAAGGUUGGCCAGCAUUGAGCACCUCUGAAAUUUUCAUACAAAUUCUCAAGAUGUACCCACAUAGGAGUAGAUUUGGCUUUGCCUUUGCAAUUGCAGUCUUUACCCAUGCUGCCAAAAUCAAGGGGAAACUUUCAUCUGAUUUCAGGAAGCAUUGGCUCAGGCUUAAAUUGCAUGUAUAUUUUUCUUUUCUGAAAAAUUCCUCCUGGUAAGCAAUACAAAGUGGUUGCAUUUGAUGAGUCUUCUCCAGUCAGAAAUGGAAAGCAGACACAUUGCCAAUGGAGUAAAUGUCAGAAGGGUUUUAAGGGUUAGCAUCGUUAAUCGGAAAGCUCCUUCUUUGUUUGUAUUUUGAAGCUGUUGUGAACUUGCAGACGUUUGGAGAUAUAACCUGGCAUGUCAAACCGAAUGCUGGACGUAGCUUCCAUGCAGCUGGUGGAGUAGUUGGUCUUUGCCCAGAGUCCUUGUCCGUUGCUGGCAGUGGACACACCACAGUCGGCACAAUUACAGAGGGUUGAUAACUUGCCGCUCAUGUUCAAUACCUUUUUAGCAAAAUUUGCUCUUAUCUUGCCAUUUAAAUAUGUGGAGGGAGGGAGGAUAUCAAACUGCUUCCAGCUGACUGACUUUACAUGAAUGUUUGUAAUUUAUGAACAGCAUUAGAUGUUCAGCAACAAUAAGGGCAAAGAAAGGUAUAUCAAAUAAACUCCACUGUGCCAAAUACUUGACGAAUAUUGUAAGUGUAGAUGUUUGAUUCUUGGUUUGGAGCCAUGUUAAGAAUCAUUUGAUUAAUGAAGGCGUUAAAAAAAAAUUAUAAAGCUAUGCAGUGCCAUUGUUAUGCUGGAUAGUAAAUGAUGCUUUUUAGGCCAUUAGAUUGGUUUAGUAUAUAGAGAUACUGCAUCCAUAAAACAAUGGAUUUAGAAAGGCACAGGGUGUAUAGCUGUCUCAUAAAAUAUGUAUAAUUGUCAAGUAUCAGCCUUGGAAAUCAUUCUGUACAGUUUUCUUCAUUCUGAAAAUUUAUUACUUAGACUACUGUUUUUUCAAAUGUUAGUUCAUAAUUUUAUACCACACACACACACACACACACAUUCAGACAGAACAUAAAUGUCACAGAAGAGAACCCUCUCAAAGCCUGAUUGCUUGAAUUUCUAUAACCCCUUCCGCAAUUUCAUUUUUUCACCUCUGAAAGUCCAAGGUGAAUGAAAGUAACAUGCUGACAUGAUGCCAAACAAACUCCAAGUAUUCAAGAACUGUGGUUUGUCAGUGCAGUCAAAAAUCUCCCUUAACCAGAGUUAGAGAAACUGGAUUCCAAAGCACUUCACACUUUCAUUUUUAUUUUUUCCUUUUUUUAAUUUAAUCUAUUCUAUUGGUAUUAUGGGAGAUGCACUUGCAUGGGGUUACUUUCAUUGUUUUAUGCUGUUUCUUAAAAUAUUUGCACGAUUGUUGUUUUAUUUCUUCCAAUAAUAUGACCUGUGAAAAGCUCUCUCCCCUUCCCAUUCCUUUCUUCUUUCUUUUUAAGGAUGUAUCAGAAACCUGCCUCAUGAAGAGCUUUACUGUCCAUGCUUUGGUACAGAUUCGAGCAAAAUUUUAUUUCAAACGAAACAUGCAAACAAAAACUUCAUCCAUCCUAGUGGGCUCUUUGUUAUUCUCAAUUCAAAACCACAAGCUAAUUUUGCCUGCAUCCCAAUUUUUGUUAUAGAAUAAUGAGUGAAUAGUCUUAGACGUCCUGCUGCUUCCCAAAAUACAAUGGGCCUUAGCCUCUGAGCACUUCACUUCCAUCCCGCAACUGCCUUAACCAUGCAGGAGUCUUAAUAGCAAGAAUGGAGUUAGAAAAAUGCCCAUUCCUGGAAACAGAAGUAGCCGCAUUGUCUGUGUAGUUGAGAUGCAAAAUUGGAAGUUUUCCUCUAUAGUCAGGGGCACUGAGGUUCAGAGUUUUUUUGAGGUCUCAACAGAAAUGUUAUUUUGACAUCUCUGAGCACCAUGUUCCCUGCAUGGCUGUCUGCUAAGGAAUGGGAUGUUGGAAAUUAAAACUACUUGAGCUUUAGCAGACUCUAAGGGAUUGUCCAGCUGCCUUGCAUGACUUCAGAUUGGGGUUUCCCUUCCCUUGCACAGAUAUAACCUAGCGGUAGCCCCAAGGGAAUCAGAAGGGACCCCCAAUCUAAAAUUGGUGCAAAUAACACUAGAAUGAGUCCCAUUGUUGUUGGGUUUUGUUUUGUUUUGUUUUACAUCCUCAUUAAACAAGAAGAUGCAUUUUCAGAACCUACUUUUUAUAUAUGUUGAAAUCAUACAUCUUUCUAUCUUUGCCCUGAGCAUCUUGGAUGUAUAAUGAGACUAAAAAGUCCAUCACUUGAAUUAUCUAGAUAAAUCCUCUAUUCCUUAGGAAUUCAACUAGAAGGGCUUCACACUGCCAAACACCUGGAAAAGGCAUUGAACUACUCAGUGCUACCAUUACUAAUGUGAGUUGGGUCUCACCUUGCUGGGAAGGUGGAAAGGGAAAGAUGCAGAAAGAAAUUAGCUUCAAUUAGCUGAGUUAGCAAUGCCUCAGAAUGCUUCAAAAUUGAACUGAUGAGCUGUAGACAUUUGAAAAGUGUUUGGAGUAUUUCCAAAUGGCUGAGAUGCAUUGACUUCUUUUUUCUUAAAAAAAAGAAAAUAAUAAUAAUAAUAAAAAAGGGGGGGAGGGGGAUGGGGAGAGAUUUUUAGUCCCUCCAAUCCCCAUCAAAGUUCAGUGUAGCAUCCUCAGCUGGUUUUCGUUCAUCAAAGUGAUGCUGGAGGCAAUGCACUUCGGGUUCAUCUUUGUCCAUCAGUUAGUUGCAUGUUUUCCUCAGUGAACGAGGUCCUGGGAGACAGAAAGGUGACUCUAUCUAGUAACCAGCAGUUUCACUCCAUAGCAAACCCAGAGUCAACCUCGAGGUUACCAGCACUGUGAAGCUUUAGCCCCAGAGUCAGCCGUGGCUGUUGCUGCUGUGUGAGAGCGUUUCUCACAGCUGGGUAUGUUGGACUCAGUAUUUUCUUGUGAUUAUGACAAUCUUGGUGUGGUGUUUGUUUUGUUCGUGUCAGGUGACAUGGAGAAGUGUUGGUAUUAAAGACAUAUGCAAAUGUUUCACUGGACUGAUGUGAUAACAACUUUGUUCUUUUAUUCACAGAGGUUUCCAGAUGCAUUUCCACUCUACCUUUAGACAUAGGCAUUCUCAUCUAUACUCCCCUAAUCUCCCAUGUGCUAUCUUUGCAGGCAGAAACAGGCAUGUUCUUGCUGUCUCUCUCUAGAGCUGAUUAACUCUUGUAAAGUUCACAGGCUUUCUGUGUGUGGGGUUAGAGCACCUUAAAUAUAAGCAAUAAUACUGAACUGCUCUUACUUGCAUUAGGAGUUUUUGCUUUUCUUACCUUAAUCUGAGUUCAUUUCUUCCAACAUCCUGUGCUCUUGCUGUGGCUCCCCAUCCUGUUGGUGGCAAUUCCAGGAGACUUUGAAUAUUCUGCUUUCCUUGCAACAUGAUGCCCCCUGUCCCCAACACCUCCCACCCCACAGGAAGGCCAAGAUUCAAUUGGUGGGAAUGUGAGCAGCAGUUUUUUAAGAUGGGCCAUCAAAUGAUGGGAGCCAUUGGCGUGAGCCGGGCCUGCCCUCAGGUAUCUCAUGGUUCAGAGUGAUCCAAGAAGGAAAGAAGCUAGUAGGGCACUGUGGCUGAGCUUUCCAGAGUCCUUGGAACAAUUCAGUGCUCAGCCUUCAGCGACGCUGAACAGACCUAUCCGCUUUACCUCUUCCUGACACCCCCAGUUUGUAGGCUUUUCUUUUAAAAUGACCAUCAGCUUUCUUUCUCCAACCCCAGUUCUUCCUUCCUCUCUAUGGUAAAGCACAGUUCAGUUCUACCAAGGUAAUUUAAGGUGUUCAGAGUUAUUGACUGUCGUUUAAAUUUGCUUGAGAUACCAGCAGGUCUCACUUAGUUUCAGAUAUGCUCAAAACAUCAUACAGUUUUUUCUGCUUUUAUAGACUAAAUCUGUUACUACUACUAGGCUGCAAAUGACAUUUUCUAUCAUUUCAUUGACAUUUCUAGCCAAUCUAAGUGUUAAUACAAUUGCUUUGCUGAAAAAUGUUCUUUCAGCAAUUUUUAGACAUUAGGUGGUUCUUUAUUAACUAGUAUCGCCAAGUAAAAUCUUUGGCCGUGAUCUGUUCCUUGAAUUCAGUGGAGCAGAAGGAAGCUGUGCGUAGUCAGAAGCAAUACUGGUGUUUUCUUUUGACAGAGUAAGACCAUGGACUGCUUUCCUUUAGGCUUCAGUUUUGCCUCAGUCUGAGUUAGGAGCAUCCUUUACUCCCACGAGAGCACCGUGAAUUCAUGUGGACAGAGGAAUCCAUUUAGAUGGUUACAAGAGUAGGACUUUUGGAUGUAUAUAGCAUUUAUACUGUUCUGCUUGUCAAAACCUUGCUUCAGGCCCUGAUUGAUGAAUGGAGUGAUUCCAGGGAUGGGGUCUUUGCGAUACUGUAUUGACUGUUAGGGACGUUUCCCACUUUCCUUUAGAUUAAGUGUGGUGGAGCAGAGUUUCACAACCUGGUGAGUAACGAAAGUACAAAGAAAAAGAUUAGCAACACCCUGACAAUUUCUAAUGCUGGGCUUGUUCUACAUGAGGUUGGUGUCUGCAAGUGGCAAAAAGCAAUAAGAAACUUGUCAAGUCCAACUCAGCAAAUAAUUUAUAGCAACUUCAUAAAUGAAUUUUCUCUUUUACUUCCUCCAUGUGAAUUGCUGAGGAAAACUAUAAAAUGCCUCCAGUGUAUUUGCAAGGUCAUUUCUGCAUAUAAUCUCUGGUCUGGAGGGGUUUGGAAUGGCUUUGUUGUAAUUCAGACAAGUUAGUUUGUUCUGACUGCAUGUAGAAAUCAUUGGGAAAUUUCUACUCCCUACUCAAAGGCUGGAAUUUUCUCAUCAGUACAAUUAUUUAGUGCAAAUGUAUGUGAUUCAAAAUUGAGUAAGAGGAACCUUGGUCAGUGCCAGUGGGCAGAGCGCCUCUGGACAUGCACUGCUUUAGGACAGCCGACGUGCUGGCUUUCAAUUCACAAUUCACUUUCCAGGAAUGUUCUCUGACAGAUGCUUGAAAUUCCCUGCUUCUCCCAGUGUUCCCACCAGUUAAUAUAUUCAUUUUAGUAAUUACUGAGAGCAAACAUAAGAAUAUGAACCCAGACAAAAACAAAUUGGUAUUAAGGUGAAGCAGAUGGUGGAUAUUUUAUUUGCAAUGUUUGCACAGCUCUUAGAUCUGAUGCAAAAUCUCUCUGGAAUCAAAGGGUUGUAUAUGGCCUACAAUAUCUCAGUUCUUCCCAGCUGAAUCGUUAGCCUUUAGGACAGCAGAAGGCAUCUUUCCGUGCCGCGUAUAUCUUAGCCCUUUUCUUCUGCAGUAUGGCAUCGCACAAAUAUCAGUGUGUUUACUUUUCAACAUAAACUGCAUCUCAGUGUUACAUAUAUGGUGCCUCACAACACUAACUGUGUGAACCUGAAGGAAGAAGUGACCCCUGUUCUUCGCCCGUGAUGUUGUCUGCAAGUCUGGAUGAUUAUGAUCCCUGUUGAAAAAUCACAGCCAUUUUCCUAAAGUCUUUGGUGCAGUGGGUCUGAAACUGCUCUGCUGAUCCCAGGUAGCCUGUAAGCUGGGCUGGCAGGUCUACAGCUUGUCUACAGACACAUAUUGCCUUUAUAACAUUUUCAGUUGAAAGUGUGGUGGUGAGAACGUGCAUAAUAGUCACUGACAAAUUUUAAGGGUUGCCAGUGGUCUACAGCCACGAAAGUUUGGGAGUCUCCGUGUUCACACAUGAAAGCAAUUCCCAUCAUCCACUUCUGGGAAGGAGCCAUCUCAGAGCAGGGUUCACAGAAAAAGUACGACAGCACUGGGACUGGCUAGUGUUUCAAGCAAAAGUAACCUCUUGUUUCUCUUUGGUGCAAUGUCCCUAGGGAGGAGGGAUGGGGAUGGGAGCAGGGGAAGAGCUGUGACCUUUUAAAACCCAUAGUGCCUACCACUGAAAAUGGAUCGCUGUAUUGUAUUAUAUUAUACGUGACUACCAUGUAAAUAAAGUACAAUAAAUGUGGUGUUCAUUAGGUUUUUGAUACAAGUUGAAUGCAGUCUGCAGAAAUGUUUUUUUUCCCUGCUGUGUGUACUUAAAUCACAUUCCAGUCGUGGGGACAUUUGGGGUUAUGUGAGCUAGAACUGUGUAAGUGGCAUUAGAUGGGGGAAAAAUGCAAUAAGGAUAUUUUAAAACUCCUUUUGCCCUUUAUAGAUGAGACACAAGCACCAUCAGCCAGCCUACAGGGAGUGGGGGUGCUUACCUACACAGGAGGAGUGCAGCUCUUCAUUUGAAGUGGUUUAUGAGCGGAAGAGACAGCACUGUCCAACCUGUUCUUGGCCAUGCUUCAUUCACAAUGGAAGAAAAGCAACAUUUUAGUUUGGCUGAUUUCUCUUUGAUUAUUUUUCUGAUGCAUGUGUCGAUCAGGAGCAUAUGCUUUGCCUGUGUAACCUUGUUAUUCUCCACCCUUGAGAUCCCUCAGUAGCAGCUACAGCUGAGCAAACUGAGAGCUUAAAAAUCACGGCAGAUUGGCAAAGUUUUCCUGUCCCUAACUCAACCAGCCGGCCCCCCUGUGGCUCCGACAAACACUGAGGGGCUUUUUUCAGCUAAUAGGAAUAUUAGGAACUUACUUUGUUCCUUAACUCACUCCCUUCUUCAUUGUUGUGUUUCUCCAUAGCGUAAUAAUGGAGAACAACAUGCCAGUACAUAGCAAUGAGGCACAUCUGCCAUGUGCCCUCCAAACCCUGAUGCAUCUCAUAACUGGGCUGCUGGCUUGAUGGUGGAGGUUUCCUCCAGUCUUCAGAAGCUCAGGACUUCUCUGGGAGGUGUUUGAGGCUGGUGUGCAGAUAUAAUCUCCCAUCUGUAUGUGGGGGAUACUUCCACAUUGACCACCUUUUUGGAAAAACAAGACUGUCCCACUCUGUCACACCUGUGGCUCAAAACUCAUCCAUAGAGUUCUUUGGAGGGUCCGCCAAAUUGGAGGAGUAUCUAUCUGCCUCUGUACCAGACCAGUCAGUGAUGUUUGCCCUGAGUAUCGCUGUUGUUCUUUGUAAUCACCUGGGCAGAGCAUUUGUGGGUGUUUGUAUGUGCAGAAGGUCCUUCCUGCAUAGGACAUCUCCACAGAUGGCCCACAGCAGCAUGUGUGGGAUGUGGAUGAGCCCAGGUGCUUCUGCUCCUGCCUCAGGACGUAUGUUAAUCCUUUCCCACAGUGCCCAAGAAAAAGUGUUCCUCAAAAAGGUCUUUGAAGUGUGCUGGUUUGACUGGCGGUGAUUUUGCAGACUUUUAGCAGCACUUCCAAAGUAAACCAAAACCUGGUUGGGAAAAAGAAAUAUUUCACUGUACAAUUGAUUUAAAAAGGAAAAAAAAAAAGAGAAACCACAUGUUCGAUAUAUUUUGAGUACUGCAUUCUGUAUUUUUGCAGCUUAUAUUUUCCAGAUGAGCGGUUUAGAAAUAUGUGAUGUGAAAUACAUACUGUAAGUUUCCUGUAAAUGAUAUUAAAACCACUAUUUUCAUUCUU